CGAAAUCCUCCAUAUGGACCCAGUUUGUCCUUCUCCCGAAAACUAGAAGCCUGUCAGAAGCCUUCAGGAAGCCAGCCCAGGGCCAAGUGCGCUACGUCAUCUCAGUCAUGGAUGGUAUAUUCCACCCGUGGAACUUGACUGGAACAAUAUUGAAUAUCUUUGAACUUGUCAAGUUAUUUGCUGCGACCUGUUCCUUUUUUGUCGUUGGAAUUAUUUUGAUCAUUCGACAACCCCCAAGUCCCAAUCGACUUCGGUGCGAGAUGAUACCACGCAAGGUGUACAAUAUGUGUCAAGGGCAGACAGUAACCUCAGAGUUAGCUCUUGACCCAUCGCAAUGUCCGCAAAAAGUCUUUCAUAAGUUGUUCGAGAGUCAUCACGUGUCGCAUACAUACGAUGGCGCGGAAGAAUCAGAUGUCGACAAAGCGUCGGAAUGGGAAACGUUGAAUGAGCUGCAGAAAGCUCGCGCUUGCGGGAACUUUGGGUCUGUGGAAACGAGUGAUCUAUUUCUAAAGGUUUAUCGUGACGCGUUAUGUUGUUUAGAAAAGAACCCAAUGUCGGGGGUUGUAUCGCCCCAGCUGCUGGGGAGCACAGGAGUUCUACCACUGACAAUUGUCGCCCCGCUACCUGAUCUCUGUCGCCAUUUAGCGAAUUGUAUUGUGCGCGCCGAACAUGAAGUCUUUUUGGGUACCAAUUUCUGGAUCCACUCGGACGCAUCCACAUUAGUGACGAAUGCCAUCCGGGAACUUUCCAAACGAGCAGGAGAAAGGGGACAGAAAAUAGUUAUGAAGAUGAUGUAUGAUCGCGGAGAUCCUCGCCAGGCAUGGGAGAAUAGAUUGAGUGUCCACGAGGACCAAUAUGUUGGCGGAAAAGUGAAGCUACCUGCCGCGAGCGAGAUACCCAAUGUCGAUCUCCAAGUCAUCAACUUCCACCGGCCUGUCUUUGGAACGUUCCAUGCAAAAUUCACUGUUAUUGACCGGCGCAUGGCGCUCAUACAGAGCAGUAAUAUUCAAGACAACGACAACCUUGAGAUGUUAGCUCAUAUCGAGGGCCCGAUUGUUGAUUCUUUCUACGAUGCUGCUUUGCUGUCGUGGGGAAAGGCUCUCGACCCCCCGUUUCCACUUUUGGACUCUCCAGCGAGGGACGCUCCGAUACCAUGCCACGAAGAAAGAAAUGAUGUUAUCCCUACAGAGAAUAGAGAUACAGCUCUUCCUGACCAUACUACCAAAUCUCCACAUUAUGAUAGCGACUUUGCACAAGAGGCCCGGAGAGUCAACGAUUGUGUUCACCCUCAAGGUGACGAAACUCGCACACAGGCUGUCAGCCGUCAUCUCAAUACAACUAUCCAGCCUAACACAACAGGCGAUGCACCAGACAGCGACCAGGAUAAUAUGUUCAACCCUUACUUGAUCCUACCACGACAUGAGCCCUUCGCAAUGGCAUUGGUAAACAGGGAACCAUUUGGGUCCCCAAACCACAGCAGCGUGCACACCCCGCAAAACGCGGCAUGGCUGUCCGCAAUCAACCACUCCCAGCAUUCAAUCCUCAUUCAGACGCCAAACAUGAACGCCGAGCCACUAUUGGAACCCCUCCUUAACGCCGUUCGCCGCGGCGUUGUGGUAUCUUGCUACCUCUGCCUUGGCUACAACGACGCAGGCGAGCUCCUCCCGUUCCAAAAUGGGACCAACGAAAUGAUUGCGAACAGGCUGUAUAACUCCCUCGAAACCGACGAAGAGAAAUCUCGUCUACGGGUAUGCUAUUAUGUCGGCAAGGACCAGACUCGUCCGAUUCAUAAUAGCUUUAAGAAGCGGAGCUGUCAUAUUAAGUUGAUGAUCGUUGAUGAGCAGAUUGCGAUUCAAGGCAAUGGAAACCUCGAUACCCAGUCAUUCUUCCACAGCCAGGAAGUCAAUGUUCUUAUUGAUUCCGCGCUCGUUUGUCGGGCUUGGACGGAGUUGAUCAAUCGCAACCAAAAUACUGCCAAAUACGGCGCUGCAAGUACGAAGGAUGGCUGCUGGCAUGACCCUGAGACCGACAAGACCCCGCCGGGCUCAAUGGGGCCUGUAAAGGGUCGGUUUAGUUGGGCUAAGGGGGCCAUUGGUGCUGUACAGCGAGUGAGAGGUGUUGGUGGAUUCUAGACCUCGGGAAGCCCAUUUGCUUAUGUGGUUGGGGUGCUUUGGUCUCGGGAUAUUUUUGUCUAGAGAGUGGGUAAACUAUGCUUGGAUCUCUUUUGGCAAUGUGAAUGAAUGACUUAUGGAAAUAUCCCCUUACAAGAUAUUCAGGGCAAAGGUGCUAGAGUUUUUGUCCAAGAGUAGCAGACCACCAAGAUGUGAAAACUAAGAUGAACACUCGAUAUUGGCCAUUUCACAAGUCAAAGGCCGUCAUGUACGACCGCAUCAUUCCAGGAAACCCACCGAGG